AGCAGCAGCUCGGACAAACAACUCGCUUUUUGCGAGCGAAUUUGCACGAAAAAAUCAGAAUUCGCAUUGCUGUGGACUGCCACACGACCUAUCAUCGCAAUUCUACAAUCAAUUUGCCCCCGCUGUACUGCACUGCCCACACUCAGUGCGCACCCUCAUAACACCGAGCACAACUCGCGGCGCGAGCACGCCAUCGCAGCGAUGGGCGCCAGAAAGCGCGAAAAGGCCCAGGAGAAGAAGGCCAACACCCGCAAGAAGCAGGCGGACUACGAGCGCCGCCGCGACGCGUACAACGCGAAGCGGCGGCAGGCGGGUAUGAGCGUGUUACGGGGGCUCCAUAGAAUCUUCCUCGUGAUUCUGGCGGUCGGCCUGAUGAUGCGCUUCGCCCGUUUUAAGUUAGAAAACAACGAGAAAUUGACGCGGACGACGUCCAAUGAAACACUAGUAACAAUCAGACGGGACGUCUUCGGGGUCGCCGUGCGAGCGUCGUUAGAUACAUGUGCUGUUGGAGGCUCUUUCACUAGUAAGGGUCUGACCGAGGCCCGGUCGAAGCUAAAAUGCCUGUGGCCCCUCAUGUCCAACAGAGAUCCGAACGCGACGUACUUUGUUCUGAGAAGAAGAACGUGCGAGGCGUGGCGGUUAGCUGUCUUCCGGCCCGUCGUCGGCCAGGCCUACGCGGCGCACUCCAUUGAUAUAUGGUCUGGAGAUAAUGUAUCUGCCGCGUUACUGGACGAGAAAUGGCUAAAUGACAAGGGCGGACAACGGCAAGCGCGCGAGGAUUUAGUCAAGAGUUUGGAUGCGGCCCCCUUCAGCGAAGGCGGCUGGAAGGGCUCGGCCGAGAUUCUACAAAGAGCGGCGCAUUUUAGGAGGCGGGACGACGACUCGUCGUUCCUGGCUUCUCUGGCGAAAGUGUCUCCACCGGAAAAUUCGCUGGUACGAUUGAGGGGCGACUCAUUUUAUCGCGUUAGUGAUGCUGUCGUACUGGAGCAGUACCGCGUGCCCGAGCGUUCGUUGCGGCGCGUCGAUCACUGGAGAGAGGAGACUAAUGUCUGUUGAAACUUAC